AUGGACAAGCUCACCCGGAGAGACUCGUACCCAAACUCUGACAAAACCCCACCUGCGAUGACCGCCUCGCCCAGCUGUGAAACGACACCACCCAAGCGAGAGGAGAAAGAGCCCCUGGAGACGUUUUACAUUCCCAUCAGCCGGGAUGUGCCCAAAUCCCUGGCUCAGCAACGUGGAACACCAGUGGGUACCAAGAAUGUGUUUAACGUCAGAUCCAAGGCUUCAGGAAACCCCACCACAACUGAGCCCAAAAACUACCUCACCAUCCCCGUCAAGUCUCACAUCACCAGCGCCAAGCAAGCCGCUGUAUCCGCCGGCGGUGGCCAAGAGAAUACAGCCAUUUAUACCUUCACCGCCACGGGCCCCAAGACCCAGACCCAGAUGGCCAGCCAACCUGGUCACGGCGGCGCCUGGAGGCAGGAAGAGACCCGACAGUCCCCACAGAAACCCUCCACCAUCAUCAUGGAGACGAGAGCCCAGGACACGAUCUACCACAUGCCCAUGGCUCAAAGCAUGGCAUCUGCCCAACUUCAGAUGUACUGCUUCUCCCUGACCAUGGCCCCACAAGCCGUGCCCCACACUCAGCGAAAGAUGCUCUUUGACCCCAGCACUGGGAACUACUACCUGGUGGACACCCCUGUCCGGCCGGCCACCCGCCACCUCUUCGACCCCGAGACGGGCCAGUACGUGGACGUGGACGUGCCCAUGUCCCAGCAGUCCCUGUCCCCCGUGCCCAUGUCCAUGCCCAUCUCGCCCUUUGCCCUGAGCCCCGGCUCCUACGGCCCCACCUACACAAUAUACCCAGGCUUCAUGACCACCAUUCCCGGCACGCCCACCCUGAUCCCCACAAGGAUGCAAUCGCAGCUCUCCAUGCCGUCGGAGCAGGAAGACUCUGGAGACAAAGGCAGUUCCUCCCAGCCAGACUACAUGGAGAGUCCCUACUACAUGGCCGUGGGGUCUGGAAAGUCUCCCCAGGCUGGAGGCUCCAGUAUGGGCCAGGUCCAGCAGCAGGGACGGCCAGGGGUCCAGGGCUUCUCCAAUGGGAAGCAGCCGGUGAUCAGCAUCACCUCCCAGCAGGGACCCUGCAUCAUCGCCCCGCCCUUCUUCGAUGGAACCACCAUGAGCUUUGUGGUGGAGCAUAGGUAAACGGCAGGACUUGUCACAUGAUAUGUAAGGGAUUUUAUUUGAGUAGUCUAUCGUAAACCGUACCAUGUUGUGCAUGUGCUUUUUAGGUUUUAUUUGCUUCCCAGCAAAACUAUUGACAGAGCAUAAAAGGAA